GAUUGACUCUGGGAUCGAUACAUUGAUCUGUGGCCGCAACGUCAACCGUUUUCAAUAUGGCGGCGGCGGCGGAGAUAGCGGCGGCAGCAGUGACAGAGAUCGCACUCGGAAGAAACUUCCGGAGAGCGGCUCGGAGUUGAACACCGCGGCCCUGCCUACCCGAGGCUGAUGGAUGGGUCGCGACCUGAGCAAAUAAGCGGCGCCCCAGGCGGAACUCAGCCAACUGGCCCUGGGCUUAAUGGCGACCCGAGCGAUGCCCCGGGUCCCUCUCCGUCCCGGAAGGUUCGGCUCCAGGCCCAGGACCGGGCGGCAGGAACUUAUAGAUACCCACCUAGGAUACUGGAAGGAAGAAUUUGCACGGACUUCACGACCCCUGCUGGACAGUGUGUCAACAACUGUGAAGUUGUGAAUUUACAGAACUGUGAUGUAAAGACAAUGUGGUCUUUAUCUGUACCAAAAUACAAGCACAAUUUGCACUGUUCUAGGUAUGAAGACAGUAAUAGCCUUAAUUCUGAAGACUCUGGCAUUCCCACGUUAGAAAUUGGAAAUCCAGAACCCAUCCAUUGUGGUGUAUUGAAUGUUCGAACAAACCAUGCUGAUUCAUCCCAGACAUCUGGAUUGGCACCUGACAAACUUGGCCAAGGUUCAGGAAGUCUACCACCUGGCAUGUGUUCACCGGCUGUACGUCUUGAGACUGACAGUGCAUUGCGAAAAUCUUCAACAUUUCCACGAUCCGGUUAUGAUAAUGUGAAGCUUUGCAGUCUUUCAAACAGAGGAGCAAACAGGGCAGAUGAGAUAUCUGUAAGCAGUGUUUCAAGCUUGAGCACGGAACUGUCCACAACUUUGUCUGUUAGCAAUGAGGAUAUUCUAGAUAGUUUGGUUACCAGUGACUCAAGUGCAAUUGUAAAUCUGGAAACUGAUGAGGCACAGUUCACUGACAUCAGUUUAAAUUCUUCCAGAGACAGCUACAAUCAAGCUGACAGUCCUUUGGAACAAGAGACCAAAUAUAAAAGACUGGGCACACUUGCCAACUUUUUUACCAGGAGUUUGUUUACAAAGAAGCUUAAAGAUUCCAUACCAUUAGAGCAGAAUGUUCAAGGUUGGAAAUUAUUUGGGAGGAUGCCUGCCAAGGAAAGCCCUCUUAAAGAGUCCAAGAAAGUUCAACAGGAAUAUGAAGAAAGAUCUAGGAGAGCCCAGAAGUCCCCCUCUCCUAAUCAGAGAUUGAGGAAAAACCUAGACUUCGAACCUCUCUCCACAACAGCACUUAUCCUUGAGGAUAGGCCAGCGAAUCUCCCUGCUAAACCUGCAGAAGAAGCUCAGAAACACAGGCAACAGUAUGAGGAGAUGGUGGCUCAAGUGAAAAAACGAGAGCAAAAGGAUGCUCAGAGGCGAAGGAAGCUACUGGAAGAUCGGUGUAAACUUGAAGAAAGCAUUGGUAAUGCUGUCAUUACCUGGAACCAUGAAAUCCUGCCCAACUGGGAGGCUAUGCAUCAUUCUCGUAAAGUUCGUGAUCUCUGGUGGCAAGGUAUUCCUCCAAGCGUAAGAGGAAAGGUGUGGAGCUUGGCAAUUGGCAAUGAAUUAAACAUUACUCAUGAACUGUAUGAUAUUUGCUUAACUCGGGCUAAAGACAAAUGUAGAUCUCUCAGUACAGCGCACACUGAUGUUGACAGUGAAGAUCUAGAAUUAUCUGUUGCAGACCGAGAAGCCAGUCUGGAGCUUAUAAAGUUGGACAUAUCUCGCACCUUUCCUAACCUUUGUAUAUUUCAGCAGGGAGGUCCUUAUUAUGAUAUACUGCACAGCAUUCUAGGUGCAUAUACCUGUUACAGACCUGAUGUAGGAUAUGUACAGGGAAUGUCAUUCAUUGCGGCUGUGUUAAUUCUAAAUCUGGAUACUGCUGAUGCCUUCAUUGCCUUUGCUAACUUAUUGAACAAACCAUGUCAAAUGGCAUUUUUCCGUGUGGACCAUGGCCUUAUGUUGAAAUAUUUUGCAGCCUUUGAGGUAUUCUUUGAGGAAAACCUACCAAGGUUAUUUGCACAUUUCAAGAGAAACAAUCUUACCCCAGAUAUUUAUUUAAUUGACUGGAUCUUUACUCUGUACAGUAAAUCUUUCCCUCUGGACCUUGCAUGCCGUGUCUGGGAUGUGUUCUGCCGUGAUGGAGAGGAGUUUCUCUUUAGAACUGCUCUGGGAAUCCUAAAAUUAUAUGAGGAUGUUUUGACCCAGUUGGAUUUUAUCCACAUGGCACAAUUUCUGACCAAACUUCCUGAAGACAUGUCAUCUGAGGACCUUUUUGGAGCCAUUGGAGCCAUUAACUUGCAGAGUAGAAAUAAAAAGUGGGCUCAGGUAUUAUCAGCAUUGCAGAAAGAUACAAAGGAAGUGGAUAAAGGAAGCCCAGCCCUGAAACGAUGAUUGACAUCAUGGCGCGUUUGGUGUUAUAUUCAGAUCAGACUUUGUGAAUUGCAGAAUUGGGGUUCUUACUGUCUUUAUGAUUAUGCUCAAGUUACCUGGUACACUGAGGUUAGCCUUAAAAGAAUAUAUGUGUAUAAUUGAAAUCAUGGAUGUAACUUCCAGAAUUUUGAAUAGCCGCAUCCAGUGUAUCAUAUGACUUUUAGUUGAACAAUUUUAAAUUUCAUAGUACAACAGAAGUACAAAAUUUGGUUGCUUUUGAUCAACUUUCGCAUAAAGCAUUUUAUUUUCAUACCACUGCCUGUGAGGUCAUAAAUCUGAUCAGUAUGUGAUCUAACAAAUGCAUCUGUCGAAUUUCACAUAACAUGUAAUGGAAAGGAGUCAUAAAUUUGAUAGCAUGGUUUCCCUUUCAUUUUGGCUGCCCUUAUUUCACCCAGCAUCUUAGUAAUGUUGAACUUAGACCAUAGAUCCAUGUUUCCAAUUAUUUUAUGGGGUUUUGUAGUUGGAAGCAUCAGACUUCAGCUCCAUUUCAAAGAUGUUGGUACUUCAUCUUCCCACUUUUUUAAUACUAGUUUUUUAAAUGGGUACCUGCAUUCCUAAUCAUUUAACACAAACCUUGUCUCACUUUGAGUUCAAGAAGGUGGCUAACUGUGGCUGUAUCAUUGCUGUUUAUCAUACCACUGAAUCUUUUCAUUGGAAUGCAAUUGUCAUUUCACUGCUUAGACAAAUACGUAUCAGCGUAAUGUUAAACAUAUUGAAUAAUGUACAAAAAUAUGACUUUCAGGAGCAGUGUUUCUUUUUGCACGCUACACAUAUUAAUAGUUUCUCCACCAGUCAUUGUUAUAAAACUUGCAUAUUCAUUUGUGACCAUUGCUACAAUCACUUACUGUGUCCAUUGCAAUUAGUAAAGGAGAAAUUAGCUUCCACAUGUAAUUGAGUUUAAUGUUAUUUCAUGGUACAGUGAGAUGCCUUUGGUGCUUGUGCAAACAAAUGUGUGGCGAACUGCUUGUCAAUAUCCAACUCAAGGCUGGGUUUUGUGAUCAAACAAUUAAUAAGUGUCUUGAUGUAUACCACAAUGUUAAAAAGGGAGGUUAAUUAGCAGGGUUUUUAAAUAGCUGUUCAAAACAGUUAGAAACAGUCUCAUUUGUCAUUACUAAAUUGUACCUGUAGCUUCAUAUUAUCCUUUUAAUAUAUUGAAAGUAUGAAUGUGGGAAAAAAAACAGUUGGAUUCUGGUUCCCAUCAUAAAUCAUUCACUUGGUUGUAGUGACUCUGUGAAAAAGACGAUGUGUCUAACCCAUAAUGACCAAUAGUAGUCGGGUCUGAUCCUUAGACUGUCCACAGCAACUUUUACCUCCUAUUUGGAUUAGAAAUUCAUACCAAGUCCCAGUUCCUAAUUGCUACACUUUAUUUCCAUUGAAGGUCCACAUAUAUGAACAUCUGGUAGAAAUAAAAUGGUUGGUCUCUAAGGCAACACAGUAGCUGUGAUGCAAUUUAGUUGACACCUUCGAGAGAUGGAGAGCUGAAAGCCUUGAGGAAAACACUGACUGCAGUUUGGCAUUCCAAGCAUGUUCCUAACUUAGCUACUCAUUCAGUUCAUUAUAUCACUGAAUUAAAUUAUCGCUUUGUAAUUGUUAGCUAUUGGAAAUGUAUUUUAAUUUGAAGUAGCAAAGGCCAUGAAUACGAUAAUUUUCAAAAUGUAUGCGCAUUAAUAUUUCUGAUCAUUUCUGCAUGAACUGAUCAGUCCGUUCGUGGCUUUUGUCUGUUCUUCUGAAGAUAACUUGUUUGAGUAGACUUAUGUUAGCACAGCCAAGUGGCUCAAGUGCAGUUUGAGCUUAAACUGUGACUGUUGGUAAGCAUUUCGAACACCGUAUCAUAAUUGCUGUUCACCCUGCUCCCUCUCAACAGGUACAUUCCAGCAGAAAUAAUUUAAUAUUGACAAUGACCACUGACCAUUGUUUUCUCUCAUCAGCUUGAGAAAUGAAUUCUGUAUCGAACUGUAGUAGCCCACCAUCUGUAAGUUGCAAACAGCUGACUUGCAGAAAGCAAUGAAAGUAGAACCUGCAACCUUAAUGUCUGUUUAGCAUAAACAAUCACCAAGGUACCUCUGAUAUUUUUGACAUGUGAAGUUAACCAGCCCAGUUCUGAAGUGAAAUCUAAUUGCUAAUUUUUUUUUUGUUAUUGAGGUUUGUUAUGAUACAUGUUUGGAUGAGUUACUGAAUUAACAGGAAUGUGUAACUUGUUCAUCAGGACAGUCGCUGACCAACAAUAUGCCCAGUAACAUCCUGAGUAUGAGCUAACACCAAAAGUUUAAAACGGCAACAUUUAGUUGCAUCACUGGACUUGUGUUCCAUGCUGUCAGGUUAAUAUAUUUGCAGUUAUCAGGUCAACUUCUGCUAAAUUGCUUCCAAAUUAUUGCAUUCUCAAUUAACCUCAAACACUGCUUAUAUUUCACCUUUAAAAUGCUUUAUAGUCAAUAUGCAAUCAAGGAUGUGUAUGUGUUUAAACUUAACAUCAUCAUUAUUUGCAUCUCUAAAGAUAAGGAAACUCGGGUUUAUGAACAGAAAGAUGUGAUGACCUCUGAGUCUCCAUGUCAUUUUAGUUGUUGUACAUGUGACCUAAGAUUUCCUUUUGAGGAAUGUAGAUGUCACUAUCAACUGUUUUACAUUUAUGUGAUUAUUAUGCAAACUACUCAGUGAAUUCAUGUGUAUUAGGACUUUAAUCAGUAGAGAUGAGGCAGCACUAAAUCAUUCCCAAAUUGAAAAAAGAAAAUACAAAACUGAUCUAUACUUGAAAACUCUGCUUGUAACCAAAUACAGCAAAAAAUUAUAUAUUUUGCAGAUUUAAAAUUUAACUGAAACGAAAUGUGUGUGACAUUACCCAAAAUAAAUCAUAUUCCUGUAUUAUUGAGUAAUGUGCAAAAUUAGCUAGGUCAAAGUUAAUUAUUUAUCUGGAUUAAAACUUCUUUGAAAAAUUGAAGAUACAGUGUUGCCAACAGUACCGUUAUCCCCAUAGAAAAGGUAACAGUGAGCUAUAAACUUAGCCACUACUUUCCCACUGACUGCAGUAAGAGAUUUGAAUGGAAUGAUAUUGAAAGCCAGUUAGCAGAAGGUAACUUAUUUGCACUUGUGUAGUAUGUUACAGAGUUUGUCUAACUUGUUAAGCUACUUUUUUCAGUUUUUGUGCAUAGAUGUGAGUCAUCACAUAAAUGAAGAUUUAUUGUAGUAGUAUGAAGAGUUAAAUGCUGCAAUAAGUAAAUAUUUGCACAGUUUCUUUUUGAGAGAAUUUAUCAUGAAAUAUCCCUUAUUUGGGGUGCUAUUGAGAAUAACAUUUUCUUUAAUUUGAUUAGAUUUGAGGUACUUAAUGACAAAACAAUGCAAUUGUGAUGUGUAUAUAAAUCUAUAAAUCUCAAUCAAAUUAAUUGUUUCAGGUUGUACAGAAUGAAAUGUUUAAAGUCUACGUUUGUUCAUAUGUUUUGGAGGACCAUGCACAGUACUUUUUCCUUUUCCCAGCAGUGUGAUUUAUUUCUUACACUUUUGUUUGGGAUGGGUGACACUCCUGAUUUUUGGAUUUUGUCGUUUCUGCAAUUUUAACACUGGAAGUGAUUUUCACACAUUUUAACUGCUUUAAUUGUAUAAUCACUGGAAUGUAAUUGACAUUGUUUCAACUUUAUGAACUAAUAUUUAAAAAGGCGCACCUGCCAUUUUUAAUAAUGGUACAUACCCUAUUAUUCUUUGGUUGUAAAUUGAGACUGGAGAGUGUUUGUUCAGCCAAUUGUGAAAUAAGCUAAAGUAAUUACAGAAUAUAAAAUUUUCCUUCAAAUGUAAAUAAGAUGUUUUCCACAAGAUCUCUAAAUAAAGACAUAGUGAAAUA